GGCCACUUCGACCUUCGCACUUUCGCCUUUAGGUCGAGGCGCGAGAGUGCGAAGUUGCGAAGGCGAAAGUGCGAGAGUGCGACGGCGAAGGAGCGAAAGUGCGAAGAUGCGACGGCGAAGCGCGAAGUUGCGACGGCGAGAGUGCGAAGGUGCGAAGGCGAAGGAGCGAUACUACUAUCGCACUCUCGCCGUCGCAACUUCGCACUCUCGCCGUCGCAACUUCGCACUCUCGCCUUCGCCUUUACUGUUUGUAGAGCUCUCUAUCGUUUAAAGAUAAUUUUAACUAUAAAAAAUGGCGUCUCUGGCAGAAGACCAGCUUCUGAGAAAAUAUUUCCAACAAGGACUGUCAUAUAUUGAAAUCCAGAUGUUGAUGUAUUUAAACCACGGUAUUGAAUUAAGUUACCGUACACUGAAAAGGCGUCUAAGAAAUUUAGAUCUUAAAAAAGUUGGAAAUUGGAGUUUAGAUGAAAUCAUUCCUGUUAUCCAGAUGGAGAUUAAAGAAGGCUCAAAGAAUUUAGGUUGCCGUAGUUUAUCUAGGAGAUUAUUUUUAAAACAUGGAAUAUUUGUUGGAAGGAAUACAACAAUGUGUGCCCUUAGAAUUUUAGAUCCAGAGGGAGUGUCCCUUAGGUCACAGCAUUGUUUAUCCAGACGCCAGUAUUAUAACCAAGGACCCAAUUUUCUUGUUCAUAUUGAUGGAUAUGAUAAGUUGAAACCAUUUGGAUUUUGCAUUCAUGGAGCAAUUUGUGGGUUUUCUCGUCGCAUCCUUUGGUUACGAGUUGCUAGAACAAAUAACAAUCCAAAGGUAGUUGCCUCAUACUUUCUGGACUAUGUUGAGGAAAUAGCAGGAGUACCAAGAUGCAUUAGAAUAGAUGCUGGAACAGAAAAUGGUCACAUUGAAGACAUGCAGAAGGCUUUUCGUUGGAAUGAUGAUGAUGCUAUGGCUGGAGAUAAAAGUGUGAUCAUUGGAAGUUCCACAUCAAACCAGAGAAUAGAGCGAUGGUGGAGAUCACUUCGUCAAUUGGGUGUUGGAUAUUGGAUAGACUUUUUCAAAGAUUUAGAGAUGCAGGGAUAUUUCACAUGUGGAAACCCCAUGCAUAUAGAAUGUUUAAGAUUUUGCUUUAUGGCCAUAUUACAAAGGGAUUUGGAUCACAUCAGAAAAGAUUGGAAUACUCACAAUAUCAGACAUCAAUCAAAAAAUGUUGUAGAAUGUCCCUCAGGAAAGCCAGAUAUCAUGUUCUUCAAUCCAGAGCUUUAUGAUGCUGUUGAUUACAAGUUUCCAGUAGAAAUAGAUGACAUAGAAGCAAUGAAAAAUUUCUGUGAAUUACCCAACAAGUUUGGAUGUAGUGAGGAUACCCUAGCUCAUUUAAUGGACCUUAAGAGACAAGGAGGAAAAUCAAUACCUUGUGAAACAGAGGAAGCUGUUGAAUUGUUUUUAUGGAUUCUUCAGCAAUUACGUGCUUAAGUUGAAAGCCACCAACUUAUUUAUGAUAUUACAUUGUAUAAAUUGUGUAUGCCAUGAUGAUCAUUAACUUUUGCGGGUGACUAGUGACACAUUUUUUUUCAAUGUAUACCUGUAUGUACCCGGUAUCUGUGAUGUUCCUAAAUAUUUAAGAGAAAAGUAAACACUGGAUCAGAAAUGCAAGCAUUAGCACUGCACUGUGAUAAAAAUGACAAAUAACAGAAGACAAAAACUGAGUGUAUAAUUUUCACAUUUAUUUUGCAUAUAUAGUUCAUAAUGAAAAAAUUAAAAUCACCUGAAUUUAUCUGUU